AUGGCAGAAGACAAAGUCCAGACUUUUGAUAUCCCAAAGACAUGUAAAGCCGGUGUAGUAGUCAACGAGGGUCCAGACUUUCACGUCGAGGUUCAGGACGUUCCAGUCCCAGAAUGUGGACCAACGGACGUACUUAUCAAGCUCAAUGCAACUGGUAUCUGCCACAGCGACCUCCACUUCAUGCUCAACGACUGGGCACUACCAAAGAUGUCAGACCUCGGUACAAAGUGCGCCGGACACGAAGGUAGCGGAGUCAUCGUCAAGGUCGGAGAUCAGGUUAAGAACCUGAAGCCGGGAAUGCGCGCUGGAUACAAGCCAAUCCAAGAUACCUGUGGCUCAUGUGAGCUUUGCCGAAACGGCAACGAAUGCUACUGCGCAAAGGCAGUCUUGACUGGACUGAUGGUCGAUGGUUCAUACAAGCAAUACAUUGUUUCGCCCGAACGUUAUACAACACUCGUCCCAGAUGGCGUAAACGACUACAUAGCAGGACCGAUUAUGUGUUCUGCUUCAACAAUCUACACCUCAAUCAAGGAGUCACAACUCCGACCUGGAGACUGGGCUGUCUUCCCUGGUGCAGGCGGCGGCGUCGGCCUACAAGGCGUACAGCUCGCCAAAGCCAUGGGUCUACGCGCCGUAGCCAUUGACACUGGCGACGACAAGCAGAAGCUCUGCAUGGAAACCGGAGGCGCGGAACAUUUCAUUGAUUUCAAGAAAGUAGACAACGUGGGCGAGGAGGUAGUACGACUGUGCGAUGGCAUCGGUGCUCACGGUGUCUUCGUCACCGCUGUUCAGACCUACCCAAACUCGAUAUCAUACCUUGGUAGUCGCGUUGGUGGAAAGGUCAUGUGCAUUGGGCUACCGCCGGCUGGUACUCAACACAUUGAUGUCGAUCCUGGCCAGAUGUGCUUCAGAAAACAGAGUGUACAGGGUACGCUUGUGAGCAGUAUGGCGGAUGUGGACAAGACGCUUGAUUUCGCUAGGCGAGGGUUGUUGAAGCCGAUCUACACGGUGUAUCCGUUGAGCAAGUUUAAUGAAGCUGUACAGAAGCUUAAGCGUGGGGAGAUUGCUGGACGGGCCGUUGUCGACUUCAAUAUGGAGUAG